GAGACUUCCUGUUAUGCGUGUGUGACAGCUGCUGCUAAGUGGGGGGCCCUGCACAGGAAAUCCGCUCAGCUUCUGCAAUGGGGCCUGCCUGACACUUGGGCGCUCCUUCAGAAUCCAUGUUGACGGCAGGACAAAGGGGCGCCUGGACCAUGGGUGACGUGGUAGAGAAGAGUUUGGAAGGGCCCCUGGCGCCUUCUGCAGAUGAGCCCUCCCGGAAGAGGGGAGACUUGGUGGAGAUCUUAAAUGGGGAAAAGGUAAAAUUUGAUGACGCGGGACUCUCCUUAAUUCUUCAGAAUGGCCUGGAGACUCUGCGAAUGGAAAACGCGCUGACAGACGUCAUCCUCUGUGUGGACAUUCAGGAAUUCUCCUGCCACCGCGUGGUGCUUGCCGCGGCCAGCAACUAUUUCAGGGCCAUGUUCUGCAAUGAUUUAAAGGAAAAGUAUGAGAAGAGGAUCAUUAUUAAGGGGGUUGAUGCUGAGACCAUGCACACUCUCCUGGACUACACGUACACCAGCAAGGCGCUGAUCACCAAGCAGAAUGUCCAGCGGGUCCUGGAGGCUGCUAACCUCUUCCAGUUCCUGCGGAUGGUGGAUGCCUGUGCCAGCUUCCUCACUGAAGCCUUGAACCCAGAAAACUGUGUUGGAAUACUGAGGCUGGCUGAUACACACUCGUUGGACACUCUAAAGCAGCAGGUUCAGAGUUACAUCGUUCAAAACUUUGUGCAGAUUCUGAACUCUGAGGAGUUCCUUGACCUACCCGUGGACACUCUGCACCACAUCUUGAAAAGUGACGACCUUUACGUGACUGAGGAGGCUCAGGUGUUUGAGACCGUGAUGAGCUGGGUCCGGCACAAGCCAUCAGAACGACUCUGCUUACUCCCCUACGUCCUUGAGAACGUGCGCUUACCGCUUCUGGACCCCUGGUACUUUGUGGAGAUGGUAGAAGCAGAUCCUCUCAUCAGGCAGUGUCCAGAGGUCUUCCCGCUGCUCCAGGAAGCCAGGAUGUACCACCUUUCUGGCAAUGAGAUCAUAUCGGAGCGCACCAAGCCCAGGAUGCACGAGUUCCAGUCCGAGGUGUUCAUGAUCAUUGGCGGCUGCACGAAGGAUGAACGGUUUGUGGCAGAGGUGACCUGCCUGGACCCCCUGAGGCGCAGCCGCCUGGAGGUGGCCAAGCUCCCGCUAACGGAGCACGAGCUGGAGAGUGAGAAUAAGAAGUGGGUGGAGUUUGCAUGCGUGACAUUGAAAAAUGAGGUCUAUAUCUCAGGUGGCAAAGAAACACAGCAUGAUGUUUGGAAAUAUAAUUCUUCAAUCAACAAAUGGAUUCAGAUUGAGUAUUUAAACAUAGGCCGCUGGAGGCAUAAGAUGGUGGUGCUGGGCGGUAAGGUCUAUGUGAUCGGAGGCUUCGACGGCUUACAGAGAAUCAACAAUGUGGAGACCUACGACCCCUUUCACAACUGCUGGUCGGAGGCCGCGCCCCUCCUUGUCCACGUCAGCUCCUUUGCAGCCACCAGCCAUAAGAAGAAGCUCUACGUGAUUGGGGGAGGGCCCAACGGGAAACUGGCCACAGACAAGACGCAGUGUUAUGACCCAUCAACCAACAAGUGGAAUCUGAAGGCGGCCAUGCCGGUGGAGGCGAAAUGCAUCAAUGCAGUGAGUUUCCGGGACCGCAUCUACGUUGUUGGUGGAGCCAUGAGAGCGCUGUAUGCCUACAGCCCCCUGGAAGACAGCUGGUGCCUGGUGACCCAGCUCAGCCACGAGCGGGCCAGCUGCGGCAUCGCGCCCUGUAACAACCGGCUCUACAUCACCGGCGGGAGGGACGAGAAGAACGAGGUCAUCGCCACCGUGCUGUGCUGGGACCCUGAGACCCAGAGGCUGACGGAGGAGUGCGUCCUGCCCCGGGGUGUGUCGCACCACGGCAGCGUCACCAUCAGGAAGUCGUACACCCACAUCCGCAGGAUCGUGCCUGGAGCGGUGUCUGUCUGAGCGCAGGAUGGGGAGCUGGGGAGCCGGUUGGACCCUCAGCGCGCCCGCCUCACCGCUUACCCUCCUCCAGCCCCACUGCAGGCAGCAGCCUCGAGCUGGAGACCGUACAUCGGGGGCUCACUUUGGGGGAAUCUUGGAAGUUCCAGUCUGGGGACACUUAAGACCAGCCAGAAAUGUUUGCAUGACCUACCUCAGAAGGGGAGGUGAGGAAGGAUGACAGCGUCUCAGGACCCACCUACCCUAUGCCAGCUCUGUGCCAGGCACUUCCUUCUAUCAGUUCAUUCAACCUGGCGACUGGCUUUUAUCACUUCUGGUUCCCUCGGUGAGGGCACCGAGUUCACAGAGGCUAAGUGGUGUCCUCUGGUCACUCAGCAAGUACCUACCCGAGUCUAAAACCCAGGUCUUUCAGCUUCAGAGUCAAUGCCCUUUUCACCAUGCUGCCUAUCUC